GCUCCAGUACCUGUGGAACCUCUCACCCGAACGCCCUCGCCGGGCCCGGGUCCGGGAACGCCAGCCGCGCUGGCCAUCCCGGAGGACUUCGAUGAUCCGGAGGCCCUAAAGCAAACCCUUGGGGUCGUCAACCGGCGCCAGGAAGAGUGGCAGCGGCAGCUGCAGUCGGUCGAUGAGAAACAGGCAGAGCUGGCGCACAUCCAGUGGAAAUUGGUGCGGGACCAGUCGUCAGCGCUGGCCAAAGAGCUGGCAAUCGUCCAGACGCAGCUGAAGGAUCUGAAAGUCGAAUCGCGGCGUGCGCUGGUGGAGUGCGAGCGCGCCUUCCGUGAGAAUGAGGCGAAGCUCAACGAGGAGCGCAGCUUGCGCCUGGCGAUGUUUGAGAGCCUCGAGUUGCGCAUGAAGAAGGCGCGAGCGGACCUCGAGACCGAGACGCGAGAGCGCGCGGCAACGGAGACUGAGGUGGCGCAGAAGAUCAAAGCUCUUAAUGAGGAGCUCAUCACGAGGUCCCGUGAGCAGCAAGCUGCCGACUUGCAACACCGACGCCUCCGCGAGGACCUAAAAGUCUCUUUGGAGGACCUGGAUGCGCUGAAGCAGACUGUUUGCCAGGAGAUGACCGAGCGCCGGGAGGGAGAGGAAACUCUCAGCCAGAUCAUGCGCGAAGUGCGUGAGAGCGUGCUCAAGGAGACGCAGAGCAGGACAAACUCAGAGGAGGCGAUGAAGGACGCUUUCCAGCAGACGCUUGAGCAGGAGCGAACAGACCGCAUCGCAGAUGUCGCUGCGCUGCGAACGGCAUCCUCGGCGCUGCAGAAG